AUGCUUGUCGAGAGCGAUGCGACCAUCCCGAGGCGAUCUCUUGGUGGGGCCAUUGUGGGAGAAUCUGCUUCAUCCGAUGUGGUGUCAAAGAAACGUAUUGUCGUAGAGUUGCCUAUGAUAGAUGAUGCCCUAAGAGUGAGUGGGAACGAGUGUGAUUGUCUUGAGGCGGCCUCUCGAUGGGGCCGCUGUGGGAGAAUCUACACUUCUAGCUCCGGACAUGAGCUUGAAAAAGCACUUUGA